GCGCGCAUUCGGCACCUCUUCGACUUCCUCCCCCUUCUCUUUCUCUAGCAGUGGACGCCGUGGCAGCUCGCCUCUUCUUCUUUCUCCUCCUUUUCCUCUAGCAGUGGACGACGUGGCACCUUGCCUCUAUUCCUUCUUCCUGCUUGAGCCCCUUGAACAACCUUCCAUCCGACCAACUAGCAAGAUCAAUCAUCAUGGGAAUUGACACCUGGGCCGCGGCCGAGAGCGGACCCGACGCCGAGCCGUGGAAGGCUGAUGAUGCUGCUGCCUCCGUUGGAGAGUGGCACGAUGGCGGAGAUGAGCCGGCUUUCUCUGGGGAGUUCGCGCAAGAGAAUGUGUCGAAGCAUGCGGGAGAGCGGCUGUGUUUCAAUUGUGGGCAGCCCGGCCAUGCGAAGAUUGAUUGCACCAAUCCUGCGGUGGAGCGGCCGUUUGACGGUUCUUGCCGCCAUUGUGAGCUUCCAGGCCAUAGAGCGAAGGAGUGCCCGCUCAAGCCCUGCUCAAAAUGCCAUGGAGAAGGCCACACGUCGGCUACCUGCAGCGUAAAUCGCGUCUUCCUCGACCUCGCGAGCCUUGGAAUCAAGGACCUCCCCAUCGAGGAAGCGUGGGAGAUGCUUGAGAAGGCCGACAAAGAGCGCGACGUCGACGAGAUCAAACAGUACAUUCUCAGCUACGCAAAGGCCUACCCGGACGUCACGCUCCAAGACCUGGAGAAAACCUUCCGAGACAACAAGAUGAACACGUACCUGAUCGCCACGGAGAAGGCUGUAUCGAAGACGCACAGCAUCGUCAACCUACAGGGCAAGGCUGAGCAGAAGUAUGUGGUGAGCGUUCAGUUCUCCGCGCAGCCGCGUCGCGCGAAAAUGGCGGAGAGCUGGCCCGAAUCUCCUGCUCAAAAUAUGGAGAGGCUGACGGAGGCUGGAUUCCCUCUUGACGGAAAGGUUGUGGUUUGCGACUCUUGCAAAGAGGUGGGCCACAUUCGCAAGUCUUGCCCGAAUGGCGGCGACUCCGCGGAGUCAACGGCGAAGGUGAUGUGUGUGCACUGCAACGAAGCCGGUCAUCGCGCGCGUGAUUGUAACAACCGGCCCAAGCGUGGAGGUGGUAUUGUUUGUCACAAUUGCUCUGAGAACCACAAAGCGAGCGAUUGCACCAAGUGCUCCAACUGUCUCGCCGAGGACCACCAGAGGGCUCAAUGUCCUCUUCCUAUCGACUGGUCGCGAGUCAAGUGCAAGAACUGCGGCGAGAAAGGUCACGGCGCGAAGCGUUGCCCGCAGCCCCCUGCUGAGGCGGACGAGAACACGGCUCCCGCUGGCGACAACGGAGGAAACUGGGGUGAGGGUGCAGCAGAAGGCCAGGGAGACAGCUGGGGCUCUGGUGGUCAGGCAGACAAUUGGGAGUCUGGUGCUGCCGACGCUUCAGCCAACUCCGGUUGGUAGAUGUCGUGUCUUGCUGACACACAUCAUCUUUGAGACGAUUCGAUUGAGGUGAAGGACAGGACAGGACAGGACGGGACAGGACAGGCUGGUGAUGCCCCAAGAUGGGUGAUGCCUUGCCGCAGAGCCAGAUAGCUCACGUAGCAAAUGAUGCAUUGAAAUUGGUCAAGCUUCCCAUAUCUCACUGGUCCAGCUCA